AUGCCCUUUGGUGCUGUCAUCCGGCCUGGAGUUAUCAGGCCUCUUUCUGUCAAGAUUAGUCCCAUUUCAUGGGUUGCCUAUCACAAAUUUUUACAAUCAAGUUCUACAAAUAUAGCUCCUCCCAUCUACGUUGCUCCCUCAUUCCCUGAUGAUUUUGAAUCAUCGCCUUUGGUACCGUACGGUCCAACGAUAGCAAAACAAAUGCCUAAAUGGGAUGAAAGUCGAGCUACUUUGAGUGAAGCUGAGAUUAAGGCUGAUCGAGAUGAUGUUAAGCUGAACGCAGAGCCUCGAAACAAGACUCCAACGAUGGAAGAAAGAGAGCUCGAAUUGGAUGAAAUGUGA